GUUUUUUUUUCCCUCUUCUUUGUUUGCCAACGGUAGUGUUAACAUCAUGUCGAUGAAAUUCAAAAAGAAUGGAAAGGGAAAACAAGGUUCUUCCGACUCGUUGAAACUUGGCGAAGACGAAUACGCUCAAGUGAUUGAAGGUGUCAAACGCAUUUACAGCACCAAGAUUCGUCCUUUAGAAACCACUUAUAAUUUCGAGGGUUUCCACUCGGCUCCGUUGACUGAUUCCGAUAUUGAAGCGAAACCUAUUGUGUUGCUCAUUGGCCAAUAUUCCACGGGCAAAACAACCUUCAUUCGUUAUUUACUGGAUAAAUCUUAUCCUGGUGAACAUAUUGGUGUGGAGCCAACCACGGAUCGUUUUGUCGCUGUUAUGCAAGGUUCCGAGGAUCGCGUUAUUCCCGGUAAUGCGGCCGCCGUUAACCAGGAACUGCCUUUUCGAGGACUCAAUCGGUUCGGCCAGGCUUUCCUUUCGCGCUUUCAGGUAUCACAAACCAAUUCUCCUGUGCUAGAGAACAUGACGAUCAUCGAUACCCCUGGUAUUUUAGCCGGUGAUAAGCAAUCCGUCGAACGUGGUUAUGAUUUUACCCAAGUGAUUGAAUGGUUUGCUCAGCGGGCCGAUCUCAUCUUGCUUAUGUUUGAUUCUCAUAAGCUUGACAUCUCGAACGAAUUUAAAAUGGCUAUUCAUUGUCUUCGAGGUCAAGAGGAAAAAGUUCGCGUCCUCCUCAAUAAGAGUGAUAUGGUGAACCAGCAACAACUCAUGCGUGUAUAUGGCGCCAUGAUGUGGUCUUUAGGAAAAGUGGUGCAGACACCUGAAGUAAUGCGCGUGUACCUGAGUUCUUUCUGGAUCGAGAAGCCCGUGAAUAGCUUUGAAGAUUGUCGUGAACUGAUUGAAGCUGAAUCGAAAGAUCUACUUCGUGAUCUGAAGGAGUUACGGCGUAAUGCAGCCAUACGAAAGAUCAACGAAAUCAUAAAACGGGCACGCAUGGCCAGGGUACAUGCCUUGAUCAUCAGUCAUCUCAAAAAAGAAAUGCCUUCGAUGUUUGGCAAGAAAAAGAAACAGGAAGCGUUACUCAAAAAUUUGGAUCAAGAGUUCCUAAAGAUUCAGCAACGUCAUCAUCUUCCUCCAGGCGACUUUCCCAAUCCUGAUCGAUUCAGACAAAACCUAGCAUUGUAUGAUAUGGACAAGUUCAAAUCGCUUAAAGAGGACCUGCUUGAGCGAGUGGAUGAUGCUUUGGCAACUGAUCUGCCUCGAUUGAUGUCCAUGUUUCCUAUGAUGAACCCUGAAUUGGAAGAAGCUCAAAAGAAUCCUUUUGAGGCAUUCUCAGCUCAACCUGGCGAAGUACCACCCUCCUACUGGCAUUUUUCGUCGGUAGAUAAAGCCUCCUACGCACCCAUGUUCCAGAGUCUGAAUCCCAGGGAAGGCAAAGUGAGCGGUGCUCAAGUCAAACCGAUUUUGAUGGAAAGUGGGCUGCCGAACGAGAGCCUUGCCCAAAUUUGGCGAUUGGCUGAUUUUGACGCAGACGGUUACAUGGAUCUUGACGAGUUCUGUAUCGCUAUGCAUAUGAUCAAAGCCGUCCAAAAUGGCGGUCAUCUGCCCGAGAAAUUGCCCUCCUCCAUGCUACCAAAUAGGAAGUUUUAAUUUCAUCAUAUACCAUUUAAUACUCUUUAGCUAGAGCUAUGGACCUCCUUCUUAUUGCCAAUGCUUUAAUAGAAAUCAUACGUAUCGCACAUCCUGUUCCCUCUGGUAAUCUUUUUUGCCCCGUUCUCAGCUCUUAACAAUCUACAUUUAAAGAGAAAGCAACCGGCACUGCCGCUUAAUCACUGGAGUGAAAGCGUAAAUUGUGAGAGGUACACAUUAGCGCGUAACCUUUACGAUGACAAUUGCGUUUUGUGUACAUUGGCUCGGUAAAUGGCAG